CUGGCGGCUGGCGGGGAGGAUGGGGCGGUGAGGCGGGCGGCCGGGCAGCCCGCGCCGCGCCGAGCGGGAGCCGCGCCGAGCGGGAGCCGCGCCGCCGGGGCCCUGGGCCGACGUAGGCCCCGCCGCUUGCCCUUGCGAGUCGGAGGAGGCGGUGGUGAAAAAGAAAAUAUCAAGAUGAGUAAAAAGCCUCCAAAUCGUCCUGGAAUCACAUUUGAGAUUGGUGCUCGUUUGGAGGCACUGGACUAUCUACAAAAAUGGUAUCCAUCUCGUAUUGAGAAGAUAGAUUAUGAAGAGGGGAAGAUGUUGGUCCAUUUUGAGCGUUGGAGCCAUCGCUAUGAUGAGUGGAUUUACUGGGACAGCAACAGGUUGCGGCCCUUGGAGCGACCAGCAUUAAGGAAAGAAGGGUUGAAAGAUGAUGAAGAAUUUGUUGAUUUUAAGCCUGGAGAAGAAGUCCUAGCUCGUUGGACAGACUGUCGAUAUUACCCUGCAAAGAUUGAAGCAAUUAAUAAAGAGGGAACAUUCACAGUGCAGUUCUAUGAUGGUGUUAUUCGAUGUCUUAAGAGGAUGCAUAUCAAAUCUAUGCCAGAAGAUGCAAAAGGGCAGGCGCGCGAGAGGGAGCAGAUAGCGCCGGAGCUGAGAUUAGUGACGGAAAUCGAACCAAAAGAAGAUUGGAUAGCUUUGGUCAAAGCUGCUGCAGCAGCAGCAGCCAAGAACAAAGCAGGAAGUAAACCUAGAACCAGUGCAAACAGCAAUAAGGAUAAAGAGGACAGAAAAUGGCUAAAAGUUCCUUCAAAAAAGGAAGAAACUUCAACCUCUACAAUCAUGCAGGAAGUUCAAAAAAAGGAAGAGGAGCCUACAUCUAGUGACACAUUUGUAGGAUUUCCUGUAGUGGAUGUUCCAAAGAUGGCCUUUGUGCAGGCAGAGAGCACGUUAUCCCACAAGAGGAAAAGCAAUCUAGGCAACUCUUUUCAGGCAAAGAGAGCUCGUCUUAACAAAAUCACUGGUUUAUUGGCAUCCAAAGCUGUUGUUGCGGAUGGUGCUGAAAAAAAGGAAGGCAGCAAAGAAACAGCUCCAGUCCUGGAGCAGGAGAUUUCACCUAAACCACAAAGUCAGAAAAAAAAUGAAGCUGAUAUUAGCAGUUCUGCCAACAUUCAGAAACCUGCACUGUUAUCCUCAACUUUGUCUUCAGGAAAGGCUCGCAGCAAGAAAUGCAAACAAGAAUCUGGAGAUUCUUCUGGGUGUAUAAAGCCCCCUAAAUCACCACUUUCCCCAGAAUUAAUACAAGUCGAGGAUUUGACGCUGGUCUCUCAGCUUCCUUCUUCUGUGAUAAAUAAAACUAGUCCAUCACAGACAGUGAAUUCCCCUAGAUCCUACAAACAUAGCCAACGGAGAAGAAGAUCCCAGCGUUUAGCCUCUUGCUCCCUGCCUGAUGAUUCUGUAGAAAAAGUUUCUUCUCCCUCUUCAGUUACUGAUGGAAAAGUGUUCUCCAUCAGUGGUCAAAACCAACAGUCAUCAAAAUUGGAGGUACCAGAUGUUGCUCACAUGUCACUUGAGAAGCGUGGACCAUGUCUCCCUCUUGAUUUAAGCCGUAGUUCGGAAGUUACGGCACCAUUAUCCACAGAAUCCACUUUCCGUAAUGAAUAUCCCAGUAAAGACAAGGAAGAUAUUCAGAUGAUUACAUAUCUGUCUUCCAAAGCAGUAACUGAUGGAAGAGUAGCUACAACAGCGUCAGGUGCAGUGAGAAUGGAAAGAAAAGGAAAACUGGAAGAGAGAAGUUCUUCAACAUACGGUAAAAAGAAAGAAAAGGAAAAGGAGAAAAAAGAGAAAAAGGAGAAAGAUCAUAAAUCAAAACAGAAAAAGAAGAAGAAAAAAAAGAAGAAAUCUAAGCAGCAUGAUUAUUCAGAUUAUGAAGAUAGUUCUGUUGAAUUCCUGGACAGGUGCUCCUCUCCACUGACACGGUCCUCAGGGAGCUCUCUGACUCUGCGCAGCAUGUUCUCAGAGAAGAAUACAUCAUACCAGUAUCCAAGAGCUAUUUUGUCUGUUGACCUUAGUGGAGAAAACCUUUCAGAUGUGGAGUUCUUGGAUGAUUCCUCUACAGAGAGUUUGUUACUUAGUGGUGAUGAGUACAAUCAGGACUUUGAUUCAACCAACUUUGAAGAAUCUCAGGAUGAAGAUGAUGCUCUCAAUGAAAUUGUCAGAUGCAUUUGUGAACUGGAUGAAGAAAAUGGCUUUAUGAUUCAGUGUGAAGAGUGCUUGUGUUGGCAGCACAGUGUAUGCAUGGGACUGUUGGAGGACAGCAUUCCAGACCAGUACAUCUGUUACAUCUGCAGAGAUCCACCAGGAGAAAAAAGUCAUUCACAAUGUCAGUAUUUUAAAGUGUAUUGGGAUAAUGGGCAGAAAGGAGAUAGACAGGGUAUUCUCCUGAAAGGUCAGAGGUGGAGUGCCAAAUAUCUUUAUGAUAAAGACUGGCUAAACAAUGGACACAUGUGUGGAUUAUCAUUUUUGAAAGAAAACUACUCUCAUCUUAAUGCCAAAAAGAUUGUGUCAACCCAUCACCUGCUGGCAGAUGUAUAUGGUGUAACUGAAAUACUGCAUGGACUGCAGCUGAAGAUUGGGAUAUUAAAAAAUAAGCAUCACCCAGACCUUCAUCUGUGGGCAUGUUCAGGGAUGCGAAAAGAACAAGAUCAAGUAACUGUUGGGGUAGAGAAAAAAUUAAUGACUUUACCAGAUGCUGUUAAUCCAAGUGAAAGGACGUGUCACAGUCAAAACCACAAAGAGCCACCCAGUAUACCCCAGAAGAUGGAAGAAACAUACAUCACAAGUGAGCACAGUUACCAAAAACCACAGAGUUUUGGUCAAGACUGCAAAGCAGUUGCUGAUCCUAUGAGCUCGGAUGAUGAAGAUACAAGUAGUUUUGAGGAAGAUCAGGACUUUCACACAGAGAGUAAAAACUAUUUACAAUAUUAUUUUAAAGAUGAUGGCAUGAAUGAGCAGAAGAAUUCUGAUGAAGGAAACACUAUGUUUGUUUGUAAUGAAAUAAAAGGCUCUGAGGAACAAGUGGACACACAUCUUCAAUGGCAGCUAAAUCUCCUUACCCAUAUAGAGAAUGUACAGAAUGAAGUCACCAGCAGAAUGGACCUGAUUGAAAAAGAAGUUGAUGUUUUAGAAAGCUGGCUUGAUUUCACUGGAGAACUGGAACCACCAGAUCCCCUGGCAAGAUUGCCUCAGCUCAAGCGACGGAUCAAACAGCUCUUACUUGACAUGGGGAAAGUACAGCAAAUAGCAACUCUUUGCUCUGUAUGACAAAAGGAAGAAUAAAGAAAUGAAAAUAGGUUCUUUACAGUGAAUUUUCUUAGUAGCCACAAGACUGACAGGAAGACAGCAAAAAGCUGAGCAUUUAUCUGGUUCUUGGUCGAUUGCAUUAAUAGCCUGAAGCUUUAGAGAGAGGAGAGGAAAUCUAGAGUAAGGGAUAUGUUAUAUUGAAAAUCUAAAUGUUCAAUAUCCGAGCUUCAAAAUGUAAUAUAUUACAUAUUGAAAAAUGUUGGUAUGAUUUUAACAUGCUAAACAAGAAAAUCCCCACAUACAAGAAACUUGAGCAAAAUAAAAAGCUUGUGAAGAGUAAUGCUACUAUUUUGAAACCUUUGGCAAAAAUUUCUAAAUUCACGGAGUUCAACUGACUAAAAACUUCGUGGGAACUGCUGUUCUAAUUAAUUCCUUUUAUUUUGCUAGUGAGAGAGAGAGAUCUGCAUCCUCUCUACAAGGAAAGUGUUUUAGAUUCUUUCCGUAUCUCAUGAAUGUUCAGGAAAAUGAAAAUACUAGCUUUGAUUUUUUGAAAGAAAUUACUUAUCAUGGUCUUCUUUUUAAAAGACAUUUUAAAAUAGAAGUCCUUACUACAGCACCCUUAGGCUCCUUCAAAUCAUAAGUGGCAAAUAGUUGUCAGAUGUGCCAAAUAAUAUUCAAACCACUGAUAUGAGAGUUUGAUUACAAUUUACAUGAAGGUUUUUUCCAAAGUCCUACUUAGUGCCAGCAAUCCAUCCAAAAUUGUAUUGAGUUUAUAUUUUUUUAUGUUCUAGUGCAGUAUUCAGGAUUCAAGGUACAAUUUUUGUCCUGGGCAGCUCUGUUCUGGUGUUGACCCUCUGAAAUUUUACCAUCCUCAGCUGGGAUGAGGAGUGAAAAGAGCAGCAAAACUCUCUGUGGCUAUGAAUAUGCUAAACCACUAGAAUGAGUGUCACAAGAUACAUUAUCCAAGAUGUUUUUUUAUAAAAUCUUUCAGCUUCAGUGAAUGAAAUGUCAUGAAACCAAAGCCGACUUACUUGCUCUGUUAGCUCUUGCUGGAUUGUGAGCCCAGGACUUUCCCUGUGCUUCUAAGUUGCCACUGUACCCAGUGCUACAUACGUGUUUGUAUGUGUAUAUAUAUGUGUAUAGAUACACAUGCACAUAUAUACAUACGAGAUGCAUUUAUAUCCACACAUGUCUAGUUUUAUUACAAUAGACUAUAAGAACUGGUGGUUAACAUGAAAUGUUACCUUUUAACAAGCAGUUUCUAAAAUUGAAAAUAAUGUAUGUACAGGUUUUGAAAUUUGUAAAAUAUGACUGUUAAAAGGAGGCUAUUUAACUGAUGACAUUAAGAUACUUGAACAUUUUAUGCCUCACUUCUGUUUAUCAGUUCUAGUUAUCUGUAUAAAUGCAUUUUAGAACCGAUAGACAGUAAACUUGAAUUUACCUUUUGAUAAGAGUACAAGCCACUGUACAUUCAAAAAUUAUUUAAAUUUGCAAACACACUGUUCUAUAUGUAAGGUACUGUAUGUAAAACUGUUUAUUAAACUAUUCUGCAUACUCUACAUUUUCCACUUUUCUUCCUGAUCUACAUGCAAAUGUAAACAAGAAGUGAUUGUUAAAAUGUACAGACCAUCAAAAAAAAAUCCUGGAAUGCCUUUUGAGGAUGCAUAAAAUUGAAAAAUGUGCCAAAGAUGGAUUAUCUGGGAAAGACUUUGCAACCAGUGCAUUGAACUUUCAUGAUAAAACCAUUAUUGGGAAAGAAAGCAGCAUGGCUGGUUCAUUGCUAAAAUAAACCUACCCUGACGUUUCCCGUCUGUCUGUCAUGUCUGAAGUGAGUUAUCACUCUUGAUGUCCAAAGCAAAAUGUAGACCCCUGUUACAGAGUGGUUGCUAUUUAAAAACUCUUGCCUCAACAAGCUUGUAGGAGACAGUACAGAGCGUGUGGUAACAUGGAAGUUAAUUAUGGAAUCAUGAUUGGCAACUUCAUAGUGCAGAAAGGACACAAGAGCUGAGGAGUUAACAUUUUUAUAGCAACUGUUAAUAAAUUAAAUACUCUGUGUUAUGCAGUUGGAUGCUUAAAUAACUGCUUCAACAGUAUGAAUAGUUGAGUGACCUACUUGCUUUUUGGCUAUAUGAGACUUUUUUAUAUAUUAUUCACUUACUGCAUAUCCUUGAAUGUGGUACUGUGUGUACUGUAUAAAAGAAGUGUAAAUCCAGAUGAAUUACUUUGAAACAAAGUGGAGUGUAUUUACAUAGUUUAUACAGCAUACACUGUAGCAAUAUUGUGUGUGCAUAUAUGUGGUGUAAUAUAAUUGUAAAUGUUACUGAAGGUGGAGGUGGACCCAGAGAUUCCAGGUGAGAGGAUGGAGGUUUCAUUCUUAGUGCAGAGAUGGAGGAAUGGUAUCCUGAAAAGGAAGUCAUAAGGUUGAGGUUAAAGCUGUCAUUGCAGCAUUAACUUGUCUUCUGUUUGUCUCUGUAAUGGUCUCUCAAUUUACAUGAGUAUGUAAUUUUAUCCCUCAGGAUCCUGCCUUAUUCAAGAUGGGCUGUGCUUACAAAAAAUGAAUAACCUAUUCAGUAUUUUUUUAUCAUUAUUUCUUGUGUAGCCAUGUGUUAUAAAAGUUCCUGCAAGCAUUCAUAUCUUCUAAGAAAUACUAUCUCAAUGUCCUUAUGGACAGUGCUGUGAUACAUUUUGUGUAGCCUGAAUGCUUCACAAACUUGUCUUUUACUUUCUCAAAUUGUGAUGUUAGUCUGUAAUAUGUGAACAUUAGUUUUGGCCCCAGUUUCUCAAGUAAUCAAAGGUUUGGGAUGCUUUUGAAGUUUUUUAUUUCAAUACCUACGAGUCAAGUGCCAUAAAAAUGCUAAGUGUUUUGCACAGAAUGUAACCUACAGUUGAUUGCUUUGUUCGUGUGCUGGUCAAACCCAAUGUCAUCUGGCUCAUACCAGUACUACUUCUCGUUGGCCUUAUCAAGAGAAUCUUUUUCCUGUAGGCAUCAUUUUCCAUCUGUCUUCCUUCUUCCUUUUGUAUAAAUAAGCCAGGGAUGUGCAUGCAAGUCUAUUUGCAAUUUCAUUUAUUGGGAUAUGAGUUGCAAUUACUUGUGCUGGAUGGUGGAGGAAGCAGACCCUCUCUGAGGAACAAAUAGUAGAUGGCCAUGUAAGGACUGGUUUUGAUACAUGUGCACAGAAAGGUAAAUUUUUAAAAUGAGCAGCCUUCUUUUAACCUAAGUUCUUAGUAGUAAUAAACAAAAGGGAAAUGCCUUUGUAUAGAAGCCUCUGAUUUCACAGGGCUGAAUGGCACUCUUGUGGAGCCUUUCAAAGUCCAGCUUUUUGUCUGAGGGUUGGUUUCUUCAUGGAGCUAUCAGGGUGAUUAAUUUCAAACCUUUCUCCUUCCUGUAGCCAUACUGUAGCAAUUCUGUUUUCAGUUGCAGUGGUGGCAGUAGGACAUCAGUAUUGCAGUCAUUAAUGAAAGGUUAUCUUGGUGUCAUGGUCAGAUACCACAGGAUAGGACUGCCAUGUUUCAGUUACAAAAUGGAGGUACUUCAAGUCCUAUGGCAAUUAAUAGGUUGGAAGAUGCUUCCUGCUAACUUCUUUUGGGUAGCUGUAGGUUGAGUAGUGCCCAUAUAUUGGGUAUUCUGGCCUUAGAUGAAUAGAUCUUUGUUAAGUGAUGGAGUAAUUAACAGUGGUAGAAGCCUGAUGUCCUCUUUAAAAUAGUCAAAGAUGAUGGGUUGCCAUUUUCUGAUGGGCUUCACAGAUUUGCUUGGUGGCAAAGAACUGAAACUGUUCUUCCAUGGGUGCAGUCCUCUUGUGUGACUGACAUCCACCUCUGUCUUAAUUUUGUCUCUGAAUUUCUACAUGUUCUCCUUGUCUGUUUGCUUUGCAGCUUGCAUCUGUUUCUCCUUUUGUUCUUCAGCUUUCUGCACUCUGGCUUCUGUGAUGCCUGGAGGGUUUCACUCCUCUGUUCUUGUGCCCAGUUCUUUCUGGCUGCUCAGGGAGCGGUUGCAGGGAAACAUCUCUGCUGUUCUGUCUGCAGCCUCCCAUGUGUCCUGUGAGCUGUGUUUGGGCAGAGUGUGUGUACCAUCAUCAACAUCUGCAGAUGUUUUUGCUGCCUUCCUUUAGUGAGCCUCGUCUGAUCUUGUGCAAAUCAUCUCCCUCUACUCCUGUCUGACUUCUUCAAUAGACUUGAAUGAAUGUUACAGGAAAGCCCCUCUGGCACUUGUUGGACUCCAGCACUCCUUAGCAAACUGAAGGUUGGGAUGUAAAGGAGUCAUUCUGACAUGAUAAUAAAAUUACAAAAGUAUUUUGAUGCUUGAAAACCAGAUUAUUUUUUUCCUUUGUAUUUGAAGGGAAGCUCUAACUAUUCUUCUUCACUGAAACUUUAAAAGACACAGAUCCUGAACUGAACUGGAGCUUGAUGUAAAAAUAAACAACAAAAGUAGGGAGCAGGAAGCAUUCUGCACCAGGGGCUUCAUGACAGGUUCGCAGUCAGGCCAUCUUGACUGCCUUGCCCUGUUACUUACACAGAGGUGCUGAUGGGCAAAGGGGAUGCCUGCAAUGAUGCCAUUCAUUUGCAAAUUGGACCCAUCUUUGCCAUGUCUGUUCAGAACACUGGAACUGUAGGUUUUCUUUCUAUUGCUUAGAAAUUUUACAGUACAUGCACCUUAAUUUUGGAGUGCUUACUAAGAUCAGAGGCUUAAUCACUUUCAAAAUGCUUGUUGCUCUUCUCACAUUUGAUUAGCUGAGACUUUUUUUCUAUUGUACUGUGUCCAUAUGGCUUUAGGUGAUCAUUUUACAGAGGAUGUUUAAAAUACUGCAGUAAUGUUUUUUCUUAUACUAUGUUAUGUCCUGGGUGUGGAGGGUCUGUCUUUAGCAAUAAGUAUUAUACACUGUGUGUAUAUCUGUUUAUAUAUGGAAAAAAUGUGUGGAGCAUGUAAUGAUGGUGAAAAUACACUGCACAGGGAGCAGAUUGUGCAUUUGGCAGCCUUUCUGCACCAGCCUGAGCAACUCCAAUGCAAAAUUGGAGACUGCAUGGAGAAAACGAUCCAGUGUGAAAAAUCAUUCAGGAGUGAAUUUUCCUUCCCAUACUCACAGGGCCAGCCUCAUUCUGUGGAUUGAAUAACUAAAGCUGGUUCAGUUGCUGUUUGAAGCAAACAGCAACCUGCCUUGCUUCAAAACUGGCCAGAACCACCUCGGUUCAGCUGUAGCCAUGUGCAUCAGUGUAUUGUCACUACACACUCAGAGAGGCAGCAGUGCACUAUUACUGAAUCUUCUAUGAGAGAAGCAAAAUGCUUUUUUCUGUGAUUUGUUUGGGUUUUUUAUUUUGUUUUGGUUUUGUUUGUUUUUUAUAAUAGCAAUAAUGUUGACUGCAUUCUAAUACUCACAAUAAAGGUCUGUUGAGAUUGUUA